AUGUCGUUUGCUUUGAAUGAGGAUUGUCAGAAGAAAGGAAUCCGAUCUAUACGAGCCUUGAUAGAACACGCUUCAUCGGAAAGUGCUAAUGUUUCAGAGCCUAUAUUUGUCAUUAUUAAUUCCAGAACUCCAUUAACCCGAAAAAAAGAGUAUAUUCCUAGAAUCAUCAAACUCAGUCAUAAAUUAGAUAAGCUCUCCAACAAAUCAGUCCUACUAGUAACAAAGGAUCCUUCAACUCCAUAUAGACAUGCUCUAACAGAGAAGGGUUCUCCUACAGAAGACACAUUUGACCAAAUAUACACCUUAACAAAACUUAAAAAUCUAUCCAAGGACCCAAAGAAAUUGACCAAAUGCUUCAAGGAGUUUGACUUGGUGGUAGCUGAUAACAGAGUACACAAGUUUCUUCCUGAUAUACUUGGAGGCCAAUUUUACAUCAAAAACAAGAAGUUACCAUUUAUGGUACAAAUGGCGAAACCAGACCCAAAUGCUAAGUUGACUAGAGCAAGUAAUAACAAAUUGAAAGAUGAUAGAUGUGAACCUAAAUACAUUCAACAGCAGAUGAAGGUCAUCGCAGAGAACACCUUUUUUCAUUUGACAUCGAAGGGUACUUGCAUGUCGAUUAAGGUUGGAUAUACUUCAUGGAAGCCACAACAAGUGAUGGAAAAUAUCAAUGAUGUGUUGCUGUAUUUAACUGAUACAAAAUACGCACCAGUUGGGGGUCAAUUGAAGGAGAAUAACAUUCAUAGUGUCAAUGUCAAAACAAGUGAAAGUAUUAGUUUACCGGUUAUGGAAGUGGUAGACCUGGGACUGAAAGAAGAAGAAUACGACAGUGAUUUUGAUUUUUAA